AUGCAUAAGUCAAUUACGAAACUUCUUUCCAACUCUUCACAGAUCGGCACAGCUCUGUACGUGGCGCCCGAGCUGCUUCAAGCCGGCAACAAAGUGAUCUACAACCAGAAGGUGGACCUCUACUCGCUGGGGAUCAUCCUGUUCGAGAUGUGCCACGCGCCGCUGGACACCGGCAUGGAGCGGAUGAUGGUUUUGACGGAGUUGCGGACGCGAGAAAUAUUGAUGUCUGAACGCGUUGAAAGAGCCAUCGAUCCAAAGGCACUUACUGUUAUACGAUGGCUCCUAAACCACGACCCGUCGCUCCGGCCCACCUGCGCCGAGCUACUGUCCUCGGACACUGUCCCGCGCACUGUCGCGUCUGAAGCACUGUCCCCGCUACUGUCGCACGCGCUGUCCGCUCGCGGGUCGCGCCCGUACACGCGGCUGAUCACUGAGUGCUUGCAGCAGACCAUGCCGCCCUCUGUCGACUACACGUAUGUAUCUAUAGUCUAUAGGUGUAGUAUAAUAAGCAAUAUAUCGCAUAUAUAG